AUGUCUAGAAAUACAAGAAGAGGAAAGGGCAUCAGGGACCAAUCACAGGUUGAGGAUGUUGCUUAUCCUACUCCCUCACAUUUGCUCUCCAACGUAUUGAAGAGUUUAGAGCUUAGUUUCGACAAGGACAAUGGGGUUCUUGCCGGAAAACAUGUGCGAGCCGCUCCAGACAAUGCAAUGCUGCUAAACUUUCGUGGAAAACUGGAGAAACUGGAUGAGGUGCUGGCACGGAUAGCGAUUGAGGACCAGGAAAUGGUGGAUAUGGUACGCGAUGCCAGGGACACGGCGCGGAAGGUGGAGCACAGCCAGCCCAGGACGAAGGAGACAGCUGGCAAAAAGGCACGGUACGGGGGGGUUGAGCGCAUAGGGACGGGAAGAGGCGGGAAGGGAGAUGUUGCGAGCAAUAUCGACGAGGCAGCACCUAGACUCGGCGCACACGAGCUCGGCAAGCGCCCCGCAGGAAACGGGAGUGGUGCAGGAGAGCAAGUAUAUGCGGAGGAUGUAGCUCGUAGUGCUAGUGAGGAGGAUGUGACCGCGCCGCAGAGACGGGUGGGCACUAAGAAGCGGCUGCUCAAGCCCGAUCACCGUGACGGAGGCGGGAUGGAGCCGGGGUCGACCGCCGCAGACUCAAAGUCUGCGAGCAGCAGCAGAAAGAAAUCAAAAGUCGAUAUUGAACGCAUUGAGAAUGACCCAACUGUCAAGAACCCGAACUCUGAGUUUGUGGUCUCGCAGACUCUGCCCGUGGCCGCGCGCCAGCUUGGGUUGUUCAACGAAGAAGGCCUGGAAAGCACAGGUGAUGCGUAUCUGAAAAAUAAAUACGCAGUGGCCAGCUAUCCAGCCAAUGACCUUAAGGAUAUGUUGCCGGGUGAACUGCCGGAUAUGGAUUUUUCCAAACCGAAGCCAACGAACCAGAUCCAAUACAGCACAUUUCUGUCAUCCAUUGACAACUUCUUCAGGGAAUUUACAGAAGAUGAUAUUAAGUUUCUCCAAACGAGGCAUAUAAUACCGCAAACGUUACAGAUACAGAAACAGUAUGACCCAGAGGUGACUCCGUAUAUAAUUCCGAAACUGGGCCACAUCUACACGGACGUAUGGCUUAAGGAAGAUAACAACCAGAAUGUCGCAAAUCUAUCUCCUCCACCUGUCAGCGAUCCCUCCAGUGUGCUGCCAAAGAAGUCUGCAAGUGAUAUCAAUGAUGAUACCCUGGAGACUGAAAGCAUUUCCUGUGGCCCACUGGUUUCUCGGCUCCUUUCUGCCAUACUGAAAGAUGACAGUGGCGACUCACAUACAUCUAAGGCCGAUCAGAUGGAUGACUCCACAGUGACAUUUGAGAAUAAAACGGAAGAUAUUGCGGAUACAGUAGGUGUUAAAGUGGAGGGUGCGAAUAAUACGGUGGGUGCUGCCGCUGGAAAUAAAAACAACCCGUCUAACAAUGCGACAGCAGCUGGAGGUCAUCACGGGACCAAUUCGGUAUCAGCUGCUAAUAAUAAUGUUAAUAUAUUUGAAGAAAUAAAGCUCCCAACGCAGAGUACUUCUUCCUUACCGCAGCAGCAAGGUUGGAAGGCACAAGAUGUUAGCCUUGAUUACACUUCCUUCGAAGAGAGGCUGAAGAGAGAGUUGAAAUAUGUGGGAAUAUAUAUGAGCCUUCCUAAAGAUGAGAAUGGGACAGAUGACCCCGAUUGGCUGAAUGGGAGAGAGGACGAUGAGAUUAGCGUAGAACUACGUGAACUGCAAAAUGUCUUGAGACAAGUUACGAAGCGAAACGAGAAAAGGAAGGCAGUUCUGGUACCUCUUGUAGAGAAACAACUGGCAUGGCAAGAAUACAUUUCCAUAUUAGAUGAUCUGGAUAAACAGGUCGAUCAGGCUUACAUUAAGCGCAUCAGGGUCCCCAAGAAUAAGAAAAAGAAGCACUCUGCAAGCACUCCAGUGGCAAACCCCAAUUCCACGUCACAGGCUGCAAUCCAAGCAGCGCACCAGCAGGCGGCGAACUCCAGUUUGAAGUCGCUGUUAGAUAAGCGGCAAAGAUGGAUAUCCAAUAUCGGAUCUUUGUUCGAUAAACCUGAAAAGAUGAAACGCAUACCUAAGGAGAGUGUGUUCAGAGAUUUAGAUCAAGAAGAAGAAGAGGAAGAAGGUGACGUUUUUGAUGGUAACGAUAACAACAAAGAUGAAGAGGACAUGGGUGGUUUGCAAAAGUAA